AUGGUGUGCGUGUCACCUCCUGCGAACGCAGCGGAGAAGCUCGUGUUUGGAUAUGUACGACAUAGUCUAUCUACAGCAGACGAAAGGGAGGGAGAACCAAACAUGUCGAGCGAGGAGGAUGAUAUAACUAUUGGCGAGAAAGAAUGGGGAGAAUCUAUGUACGUCACUCUGUUUGAAGAAAUGCUACAAGAAGUCUUUACGCAUGAAGGGUAUUUAUUUUGCGCAGAAGAGAUCAAAUGCCUGAUGGACUACAACACACUAUCAUACGGGGGACGCUACCUUCUUAUACGCCUGUGCCUGCGCAAAGCAGAUACCUGGUUCCGGCUAAAUAAGUUGAAAUAUGAGAGGGAGCUUGGAGACAAGAUCAAGAGUGCCAUACAUGAGCUCUGCGGUUUGCACAAUCCCUCCCCUAAGGAGAUCAAGAUCAAGGUCGAGGAACCAGAGGUUAUUGACCUGGUGGAUGAACGCGAGCGCCCUCAGGCUGGCCCUUCGAGGUUGCCUAAGCAGGAGCCGCAACCAUGCAAAUUGGAAGGACCAGAUUACUCUACGUUCGCUUUGGAUGAGUCACAUGCAGAUCUGCGGGAGCUACUGGAAUGCCUCGGCCUGGAUGAGCUCAAGAAUAUUGCAAAACAGAUGAAGCUAAAGACGAGUGGGCACCAUGGACGCAGAGAUGAGUUGAUGAAUGCACUUUUGGCCUCAACGUCAGCACAGCGUACACUUCCUUUCGCGUCUCCGAUACCAGCCAAAGGCAAAGGGAAAGGAAGAGCAGACAGGCUUAUUCAGACAACUCUGUCGUUUGGCAUAGAAGGACGCAGGACACAAGCUGACAGGCUGCGAGAAAUUGUCAUCAAACACCUGGGUAAAUGUGUCAAACUUAAGGAGGAUGUUGUGAAGUUGGUUCGUCGGGUCAACCUGGUUUACUUGCGCAGUACACAGUCCACGCCGUCCAUUCUGACCCCCUCUAUCCUCUCUCGCGCAAAGAAGAGGUCAUAUGCGGAGUAUAAUCAUGCCUUGGAGAUCGAAGCGGAAGUGGAUGCUCUCCUCGAGGGACCUGGGUUAGUCACGGGCGCGCGUGCGCGUUCUACAGCGAGCAAGACACCAGGGCCGCUGAUGCAGAGAUUUAAGACACCCAUUACACCGAGGAAAGACCUCGAUAUUCACGCAAGUGUUUCCCCUAGAAGUACCAGGAGUAGAGUCAAGUCGAGUCACUUGGACGAACUGGACGAUUCGCGUAGCCUGUUCAACGAGUCAUCAGUCGAUACUAGCGCGGACACUCCUCGCAGACAAGCUGCUUGGGCUGUAAGGUGCAUUCUUGACGACGUCUAUCCUCGCUGGCAGGACAUGGUGAGCACGAAAGGUGAAUGCGACCGGCCACAGUCUCUUAUACGCUUCGAGAGCGGACACAUCUUGACAAGGGUCGUGUGCAAGGGUACAUAUGCCUUGGGCACGCUCAAGGAGCACGAGAGGGAGCUUGGAGUUCUAGAGGCCCUUCUCGCUCAACGGAGAUGGCGUCGAGGUCGGCGAGGAAGAUGGCACGAACGCCGUGCUCUGAUCCUGAUGACUCAUAUGGGGAAGAGCGACAGGAUAUAUCGCCUUGCCAUGGAUGCCGUCACGGAGGCGCUCAUGGAUGAAGAUACGCACAUCGUGUUUCGUCCAAAGCUUGAACGACGGCUCACUACCCUGGAGAAGCGCCUGAGCGUGCCCGAGAAUGAUCGGCAUAUAUGUCAAGGCAAACUCGACAAGCCGGACGAGGUUUCGAUAUCCGGUGUUCGUGUCCGCCAUAGCGCAACAAGCCUAGUACUCGACCGCACGUGUCGCGUGAACAAUCCGCCAGUGUUGGUCAAGGACGAAAAGCCUGGCCUUACUCAGCUUGCGCUUCCGUGGCUGAGUCAGAAGCCCGACGUUAGGGAGCCUGAAACUACAAUGGCGAAGGCGACAGGGAAAUCCAUUUGGCGUGGACGGGAAAACGAGGAGGUCAAUGUGGAGACUCUGGCCUUGCAGCACUACGAGGAGCAAGGUUACAAAGGUUUUCAUUGCGAGGGGCGUAUCGUUAGCACGCUCUUCGGCCUCCUUUUCUGGGAUGUCAUUUUCGCCUCUGUGCCUGGUGCAUUCGAGACGCCGUACCAAGCUGCACCUCUCGACAUCGCUGAGGACACUUUUUACCACUCCCGAAAAGAAGUCGCCGAUCGCUUACUUGUGAGGUUGCGUGAAGGUGCCGCUGAGGAAAUCUUGGAACGUGUACACAAUGAGCACGCCGAGAAGAAGACAUGGUGUGUAGGUGUGCGCUGGGAGAUGUUCGAGAAGCAGGAUCUUUUGGACAUCGUGAAGUGUCUUGGCGGGCCAGCACUCGAAGUUAUUUGCAGGCUGUUAUGCGAAGACUACGCAGGUCGAGUCGGCGGUGUCCCUGAUCUGAUCAUCUGGAAUGUUGAGGCGAAGGAAUGCAAAUUUGUCGAAGUCAAGGGUCCUGGUGACAAGCUGCAGGAGAACCAGAAGGUGUGGAUUGAUGUACUUUUACAGGCCGGUAUACCCGUAGAAGUAUGCCAUGUUUUCGAAGAAGAGGAACAGGAUCCACUAUCGCGCAAACGAAAGGCCAAGACGAAGACCAAUGCGAAGUCACGCAAGCGACCACGUCGGUUAUCCAGCCCUGCGGACGAACGUCCCAUUGUCGAGUCCGAGGGUGAAGAAGAGAUAGAUUACUCUCAGCUAGACAAACACGACGACGACGACGACAAAGAGUCAAGUUUGCCUCCCGUUACGCCUGAGCGACGUCCUCCACGCAAGCUCAUGGAAGUCAUCAUCACGUCAUCUCCAAGUACAUCCGGGUCACCCACCAAGAAAAGGCGUAUCAUGUCUCCCGAAAUCUAGUUUCUUGCUUUGUACGGUUUCUUGCUCUUAUCUUUAUUGCAUGCUUUGAUAUUGCUC